AUUACUGCUCAUACACGAAACAUCGCGCAACUGGUCACAUCGAAUUCCGUAAAAUCGUCACUCAAAAGUAAAAAAAAAAGGAAGGAAACCGAUAGACCAGGCGAAAAAGUCGCAAAAACCGUUUGCCCAAAAUUUAGCACACCAACAAAAAGGAACAGCACUAGCAGCAAACAGAACGACAAAAUGUCCGGCAACGGUUUUGAUGAAAAUCCAUUUGGCGAGCCCAAUCUGGAUAACCCAUUUGCGGAUCCCGCCAUACAGCAGGCAACACGCAUGUCCACCAAUGUCUCACUGGAGGACUACAAUCCGUUCGAGGAGCAGGCGAAGCCCCAGCUGCAAAUCAACUCCACCAAUACGGCGGCCGUUGUGCAGCCCCUCUCACAGAACAUUCCGGCACCGCAGCCGCGUCUGGCCAGCGGCACAACACCCAGCACCAGCAUACAAAUCACAUCCGAGGAGCUGCAGCGCCGCCAGGAGGAACUCGAUCGCAAGGCUGCCGAACUAGAUCGCCGUGAACAGCAGCUGCAGGGCAACGUCCCACAGCUGAAUAAUUGGCCUCCCCUGCCGGAUAACUUUUGCGUGAAGGCGUGCUUCUAUCAGGACAUUGAGGUGGAAAUACCGCCCGAAUUUCAAAAGCUGGUCAAGCAUUUGUACUACAUCUGGAUUUUCUACACCAUGACGCUGGUCGCCAAUAUUCUCGGAGGUCUCAUCUUGCUGUUCCACGCAGGCUUAUUGUCCAAUCUGUUUUUGGCCAUCUUCUAUACGCUGUUGUUUACGCCCGCCUCAUAUGUGUGCUGGUUUCGGCCCGCUUAUAAGGCAUUCCGCAACGAUUCGAGCUUCAAUUUUAUGGUCUUCUUCUUUGUGUAUUUCUUUCAAACGGUCUACACAGUCAUCCAGGCCAUUGGCUUUAAGGAUUUGGGCUACUGCGGCUUUAUAACGGCCAUCUCACAAUUCGAUAGCAGUGCCUGGGGCAUUGUCGUCGGCCUGUUGCUGCUGAUAAUCGCCUUCUGUUUCGCCAUCACCGCCGGCGCCAAUGUCCUGAUGAUCAUGAAGAUACAUAGCAUCUAUCGCAGCACCGGUGCCAGCAUGGACAAGGCCAAGGCCGAGUUUACCACAGAGUUUUUGCGCAAUCAGCAUGUGCAGGAGGCGACCUCAUCGGUCGUUAGCUCGGCGGUUAAUUCACAGUUCAACAACAGCAGAUACUAAACACAAUCAAACAAUCAAAUCCAAUUCAAUCCAAUCCAAUCAGUAAUCAG